GGCAUUUUAUAACGAGAGUGAGUUCAGAUCACCUCACGACCUGACUUCCUUGGGACGGUCCCGCAGAAGGCAACAGCGCAUGUAUGUAUUUCUGCAUGGAAAGAGGAGCAGUCGCACCCGCCAAAGGAAAUGAUCGACUCCGAGUGAAACCAAGAAUAUGGACUUUACAGAAACAAAGACAAAACAUCUGAAUGGAACAAACACAAUCUGAGAGAACCGCAGCUUUAUUGGGCAACGGCAUUAUCUUACCGAAGGCACCGUGAGAGGGGGGAUAGAGGGACCCGCCUGUGCAGGAGCUGCAACUUCAUGUGCGCGCCUUCAGGAGGCAGCUUAUUGCCUUCUUAAAACCUGAUUUGUUGACUUAAAAACGGCGACCGAUGAAGAUGAAGAUGAAGCACCCUGUUGGAUGAAUCGGAGCGCACGGGAAGGAUGCUGCUCUCACUAGGAGCAGGUGUAUUCAGCCAAGUGGAUGCGCAGGGCACGGAGCGGGAGCGACGCACAGCAACCACCGGAUCACAACACCUGCUCCAAAGGAAACCCCCUCAUCUUUAGAUAUGCCGCUGGUUAGCGCACUUCUUCCCUCAAAAUAAAUGGGUUAUUGUGUUGCUAUUUAUAUCUCUUAACCAGGAGAAUGUGGACACUGUGACACGGAUGGACGCACGGCUCAUUUGGAACAUAGCCUACUGUGACAAAAAAAAAGACAAAGGACUGCUGUGCUGGAUUCUCCUGAGGCUGCUUCUCUGAAAUCAAUCAUUUUCUUAUCAAGGACAUAAUCAUCUGCAAGGAUGCCCGGAGCACUUCUAUCAGCGGAGUCGCUCUACAUCGGGAUGGAGGUGGUGAUUGCAGUCGCGUCUGUGAUCGGGAACGUGAUGGUGGUUUGGGCGGUGAAAAUUAACAAAUCGUUGCGAGACAACACGUUUUGUUUCAUCGUCUCUCUCGCUCUGGCCGACAUUGCAGUGGGAGCUCUGGUCAUCCCUUUGGCCAUUACUAUCAGUAUCGGACUCCAAACUCACUUUUACAGCUGCCUGCUCGUCGCGUGCACGGUGCUGGUGCUGACGCAAAGUUCCAUCCUGGCCCUACUGGCUAUUGCAAUUGACCGCUACCUCAGGGUCAAGAUCCCAACCAGGUACAAGCGAGUGGUGACCCCUCGGCGAGCAGGGCUGGCAGUGGUGAUAUGCUGGACGGUGGCCUUCAUCGUGGGGCUCACCCCCAUGUUAGGCUGGAACAACCUGAAGGGCCUCCAGCAGAACGGCUCCAUCAGCUCUGACCUCAUUAUCACCUGCCAGUUCGAAAAUGUCAUCAGCAUGGACUACAUGGUCUAUUUCAACUUCUUUGGCUGGGUGCUGCCGCCACUGCUGUUUAUGCUGGUCAUCUAUGCAGAGAUCUUCUAUGUUAUCCACAAGCAACUUAACAACAAGAAGUUCACCACCAGCCACGCAGACCCCAACAAAUACUACAACAAGGAGCUGAAUCUGGCAAAAUCGCUGGCCCUGGUUCUUUUUCUCUUUGCGAUCAGCUGGCUCCCCCUCCACAUCAUCAACUGCAUCACACUCUUCUGUCCUGACUGCCAGAAGCCUAUAGUCCUCCUCUACGUCGCCAUCCUACUCACCCAUGGCAACUCCGCUGUCAACCCAAUUAUCUACGCUUUCCGUAUUAAGAAGUUCCGCACGGCCUUCAGGAAAAUAUGGCAGCAGUACUUCUGCUGCAAGGACACGCCGGCUCUGGAGAUUCAGCCCAGCGACAGGAAAGAGAUGCCCGAUCCAGAGUCAGAGCUAGCGAGCUCACCACAGCCCCCCCAGAAGGAAAGCUUCAAAUCUGAUCCACCACAACAACAGCCGCCUUCACCUAAGCAGCAGCAGGACCAGAGGACCAAACCAUCUCAACAACCCAAAGAGCAUCUGCCCUUACUGGAGCAGAACUCCGACGAAGCCGAGGAAGGAGCGGAUCGCUAGCUUGAAAAAUAAUGAUCACUGCACAAGCGUUGGUUCUCUCCUCGUUUUAAUUUAGUCUCAUGAGAAGCAUGAAGUGCUUACGAUGCUGUAGAGAAAGAGGUGACUUAAUACUGGGAGAUCAUUUAUAUUUACUCAGGAGGAGUGGAUUUUAUGAAAGUUUGGUCAGAGCAAAAUCUACUUUUUGCAAUAAUGGAAGUCUUUUUGACAGUGACUAUCUUAGUAACAGACUGGAGACGUUCAGCUUUAACUGUUGUUCAUUAUGGUCAGACAGUUGGUGUGAACAUUACAAAAUGUGCAAUAUAAGUUAUUGUAGUUGGUCAGUGUCAGAUUAUCAAAUGUUAUAAUUUGCUAUAGAAUGAAAGUUUGUCCGAGGAGGUUCAUUUUAUUACCGUGUGUAUGUCCAAGCGGACUGUAGCUGAAGAAUAUGAAUGUAACAAUGUAAAUAAGGGACGACAGCAGCACGGCUUUGAACGCUCAUCUCUUCUUCAGGGUCUUUGCACAACAGUGUUGGAGCAAGUGGCACUAUGGGAGAGCUUUUUACAGCAAGGAGCCGUCUGUGCAGACUGAAGGGUUUUGUAAUCCCUUCACACUUCUCCACUGGAGCUGAGUCCCUCAAUAGAUCCAGAAGUUCUGGUCCAUUACUGAGGUGAUGGACAAGGAUAAGAAACAAGCAGCUGGAGAGAAUGGCUGGUUUAAACCUUUUAGAAGCUGCGUGCAGGAGACUCGCUGCUCAUGGGGGAGAAAGACCGAGAUGCACUGAAAAGCUCGUGUUUAUCCAGCCUCCAUGCCAGCUGGUAGUGGGAGCUGUGUUUUUUUCCCCUUUUUUACACUUCAUGGACUGAUAACAUUGUCACAAAGUACCAAAAGGAACCGUGGCUUCCAUGGCCUUAUCCAGUAUUGUAAUUAGUAUGGACUGGACAGGAAAAGGCAACCUGAAGAUUGUAAGUAUCUUAACUAAACUGUAAGCUCAUCAUUUUGCAAGAUGUAUACCUGGUGCAUCUGUAGACUACAAAUUCUGUUUAAUGCCAAUGACAAAAUACUGAAUGAGAAUGUAAAGUAAUUCUGUUUUGUCUCUUGAGCUCGGGUCAAGACAGUUUACUGACGUUCUCCUGAGUGGGUGGCAAUCUCUUAUGUAUUUUCGAUUGUAGUCUUGAGAAAAAACGUCUGGGGCACGAGCAGAAAGUCACUCAGUGUGUUGAUGAUCGGAUGGCUGAGAAGACAGAAACCUUAAUGCAAUCCACACCAAAGUGUAUAGGCCAGAUGUACUGUAUAUAACACACACCUAAGGGAAAAAAGAAGAUGAAUAAAUGUAUGAUAUCAUGUA